UUGAGUACAGCACUCGAUAGAGGGCAGUAUUCAUUGCCAUCAAGAUUUGUCAAAUAUUGAAAUAGUGGGCAAAGGGGUGUGGGAACUGUCCAGUUAUUUGUCUCAAAUUCAACAGACGACCUAAUAAGUCAGCAGACACAAAUGAUGGAAAAUGUCGGAUACAAAAGUUGAAAAAAAUAUUGGAAGUACGAAAAUGAUUGAAAAAUACUGGUACCUAGACGCACUCUCCUAGUACCUGCCGCUGCUACGGGCCCUAGCUAACCUUGCUGGAAAUGCUAGAAUGCAAUUCCAGUUGUAACUCUUCCAAGAUGAUGCAGUGAAGCCAGCAUGUUGUCCAUGUUUUGCCAAAAAAUUAAGAAGAAUAAUCUUUCAAUGAAUUUUAUCAGUGGUCACAUCAUAGUAUUUCUGAUUUGGCUCCUAGCCAUGCUGAUAGAUGGUGUGUCCUCUUCUGCCUGUCCCAGUGGAUGGUUUCAUAAUGUCACAGUAGGCAGAUGUUAUAUGGUGUCCAGUGGUCAAGAAGUGUUCAUGGGGGCAUUUGGUAAAUGCUAUAAAAUGGAUGCAAAACAAACCAUGCCAAAGACUGAAGAUUUACAGGCAGCAGUGGAAGCUUUAGUAACGCCACCACCUCCCAGUCAUGGACAAAAUCCUACGUAUUGGAUAGGUCUGCACCAGAUCUGGAAUGAUGGACCUGAGAGCUUGCGAUGGGAGGACCUUGAAUAUCUGUCACCAGGAAUGUACAGCAACAUAUGCCCCAAUUGUGUUCACGCAGACUAUGAUGGCUGUGCUGGUUUCUAUUUAGAUAACAGUGUUUCCUUCCAGUGGAUAAGGGGUUCCUGUCUUGAUUAUCACUAUUAUAUAUGUGAAAAAAUUCCAGCUCCUCCAAGGUGUGAAUUUCCCAGCACCCCUCCAAAUACUCUGGAACCAGUGGGUGGGAAUUUGGAAGGAGAUAUAAUAACUUACACCUGUCAAACAGGUUACACACUGAUCUCUGGAGACCUGACGAGGACAUGUCUAACUGGUGGAAUAUGGAGCGGUUCACCCCCUGUCUGCGACUUUGGAGGGAGCUGGCUGGCCUGGGGAGCCUGGAGCAGCUGCUCUGUGAUCUGUGGUACAGGAACCUACUCUAGAAAUCGUACUUGUCUUGAUCCAAAUCUGCCCAGUGAACUGGCGCUAUGUGCAGGUGGAGCCACCAACUCUACCCAGACACUGUCCUGCUUUGAACAACACUGUCCAGGUAAUUGUAUUCCACCCAGACACUGUCCUGCUUUGAACAACACUGUCCAGGUAAUUAUAUUCCACCCAAACAUUGCCCUGCUUUGGACAAUACUGUCCAUGCAGUUAUUAUAUUCCACCCAGACACUGUCCUGCUUUGAACAACACUGUCCAGAGUCCAAAGGAACAAACUCGUCAUCAAAGGCCACACCCUUGCCCAGUGUGUCAGCCCCUGCCGUAGUGAAAGAAGACCCAGCUGUGGAAGGGGUCAAGGUCAAAGACAAGGUCAAGGACAGUGUUUCAAGUGGAGACAGCUUGGCAUCUUGUAGAACCCAUAGUGACCCUUCUUUAAAUACCAAGGAAGAAUCCUCCAUCCCCUCAGACAACAUGAGCCUGCCAGAUAUAGACCUGCCUCCACUCAACAUCCGUACCACCAGAGACCGGGCUGACACAGAGACUGACAUGGACCUGAGAAAGACAUCUUUAGUCACUUAUGCAGUGGAGCCAAAGUGGAAUGAAAACUUCACAUUUGAAGUCCAGGACCAUCAUAAAUACUUCAACAUCUGUGUGUGGUGCAAGACCUCAGCCAAAGUGGACAAACAGUUCCGCGUCAUCAAACCAGAGAUGGACUUUGUUAUAGGACACGUCAGUAUACCCCUGAUGGAGAUAGCUGACCAGUGCUUGGCCACCACCCAAGGUGACCGACAGCUGACAUAUACACUACUGCCAUCCAUGACUAGGGGAGGAGCAAGGUGAGUCAUGUGACGGUUGACAUGGUGACAGGAAGACUGACAUUUGGCUUACACACUGCUGCCAUCUGUCCAAUGAUGGUUCCAGAGGCAUUUUCUGACAGUCUUCCAAAUUAUCUUUGUUGAUCCAUCCUCCAUUUUUAACCGUCUGCUGACAGAAAAUAUUAGAUCCCGACAUAGAAACUCAAAAAUUGUGACGGCCUCCCCCACACCUUAUCUGUCACAUGGG